AUGCCGUCACCUCUCCGCAUCCUCGUGGUGGCGCUGCCUCUCUUCGGAACUGCCCUUGGUAGCCGGUGCAAGCCUUCCAGUUCGCGUCACGCAUCGGCGGUGACAGCGGAAACCGCUACAUUCGAAACCCCGGACCCUUCUAUCCCCACGCUCGUCGUCUCCGAGAGCUCGGAGAGCCAUGAUUCGGCAACAACCGGCAUCGAUGACUCGAGCACCCUCGAGACCCCUAGCGAAACCGAGACUCCGUAUACUACGUGGAUCAGUGAAGACCCUACCGCCAGCAGCGCGGUGAUUGAUGAUGAGCCGUCCGGUAAUGUAGCCUCUGAUGACGUUACCACCGAUACGGUCGCUGAGACGGCAAGCGAGGACAUCGCUACCGAGACAGCGAGUGAGGUUGUCACUACUGAGGCAGCGAACAGCGAUACCGCGACUGAGACAGCGAGUGAGGGUGUCACUACUGAGAUAGAGAGUGAGGCUACCGCUACCGCCUCGGAGACUACUAGCGAGGACACGACGUUGGCGACCAUCACUGCUUCAGACGAAACCACAACCGAAACUGCGGUGCCCGAAGAGACAACGACCGAGGACGAUACUAGCCCUUCCACGACAGGUCCUCCCCCAUCAUUGAGACCUUCGCCGGCGUCGGUAUUGCUCCUUCUCAACUCUCUUUGA